GAUUGGAAAGUGAUUGCUAACCUACAUUUUAUGGGUAAACAUGGCGGCGCCUGCUUGUAACCACGUGUGGGUUGGUACUGAGACCGGUAUCCUUAAAGGCAUAAAUCUGGUGAAGAAAGAAGCCAUAAAUUACAUGGAAGUUUCCUCUCUGGACAGAGGACAGGAAGUGAAUGUCAUGUGCUUUGGAGAUUCACAUGAAUCUGAGGUAUUAGUGGGCAGCCGCGAUGGAGUAGUCAAAGUCUUCAACUCUGAAAAAUCAAAAUUUACAGAAUUCCACGAAUGUAGAGGAGGUGAAGGAGCGUUCAAAGGACUUGGUGUCCUGGACAAUGCCAUCAUUACUUGUGUAGAAUCUGGACUUAUGAAAGUGUGGAGAGAAGGUGCAUCUGAAAAUCUUGAGGUACAGGUUGGUCCUGGAGUUGCGAAGAUGCGGCAGUGUGAUGUGCAGCGUAACAAAGUUGGAACUGGAGGAAAAGAGAAUGACUUAAAAGUCUGGGAUUUGGAAAGAGCAGAGGAGCCCAUCUUCAGAGCCAAAAAUCUGAGGAAUGAUUGGCUAGAUCUCCGUGUACCUGUGUGGAUUCGUGACCUGGAUUUCAUCCCAGAGACAGACAAAAUAGUCACCUGUACAAGCUAUCAUCAAGUUAGAGUUUAUGACCCCAAUACUCCACAAAGACGACCAGUUCUGGAAGCUUUAUUUGGUGAGGAUCCACUGACCGCACUGAGCAUUACUCCAGAUGGCAGGUCCGUAGUGGUUGGAAAUUCUCAUGGUAACAUGGGGGUAAUUGACUUGAGGAAAGGUAAGCUCUUAUGUGCCCUGAAGGGCAGUGCUGGUUCUGUGCGCUCCAUCCAGUGUCACAAGUCUAUGCCUGUUGUUGCUUCCUGUGGCCUAGAUAGGUUUAUGCGGCUCCAUAGCCUCAAUGACAAGAAACUUCUACACAAGGUGUACCUAAAGUCACGGUUAAAUUGCCUCCUGUUGACAUCACAUGAUAAGUGGGAGGAAGAAGAGUUGACUCCACUCCCUACACAAGAUGUGAAGGAUGAAGAAGAUGAUGAAGUCUGGGGUAACUUGGAGACUGUGAUGGAGAAAAACUCUUCUGAGAAGCAAGGAGGAAAAAGGGAGAGUGCUUUAGAGAAUACAAGUGCAAAUACUCCUAAAAAGAAGAAAAGGAAGGGAGUAUAA